GGGCUCGUUCCCGGCAUGGUGCUCUCUGAGCUGGCUGCGCGCCUCAACUGCGCCGAGUACAAGAACUGGGUGAAGGCGGGCCACUGCCUGCUACUGCUCCGCGGCUGCUUGCAGGGCUUCGUCGGCCGCGAGGUGCUCGCCUUCCACCGCAGCCUGCUAGCCGCCGCCCCCGGCCUGGGCCCCCUCGCCACCUGCCGCAGCGGCUCGCGGUGCAGCCCGCGCGCCCGCCAGUUUCAGCCUCAGUGUCAGGUGUGCGCAGAGUGGAAACGGGAGAUUUUGAAACAUCACACCAGCAGAAAUGGAGACGUUCACUGGGGAAACUGCCGGCCGGUCCGCUGGCCGGUCGACGCCUGGGAGGUGGCCAAGCCCCAUAUAGAUAGAUGUCUCCUAGGGUUGGAGGAGACUCGGGUGCCCCUUGGGCCUCCCCUGCUGCAGGCCUUCAUGCCCCGAGGACUGGCAGACAAAACAGGACCCGAGGAAUGUGACGCGGUUGCUCUUCUAAGUCUCAUCAACUCCUGUGAUCACUUCGAGGUUGAUCGAAAGAAAGUCACAGAGGUGAUUAAGUGUCGUAACGAGAUCAUGCACUCUUCAGAGAUGAAAGUAUCUUCUGUGUGGCUUCGAGAUUUUCAGAUAAAGAUCCAAAAUUUUCUGAAUGAAUUUAAGAAUAUCCCAGAGAUUGUGGCGGUAUACUCCCGAAUAGAACAGCUGUUGACAUCUGACUGGGCUGUUUACAUCCCUGAGGAGGAUCAGCCAGAUGGGUGUGACUAUGAAACAGGAGUUUACCUGAGUGAGCACCAAGUAAACGAGAUAGAAAUGGAGUUACUAAAGGAAAAACUUCAAGAGCUAUAUCUUCAAGCAAAGGGACAAGAGGUGUUGCCUGAAGAGAUCUUAAAUCAACUGGAAGUGGUGAAAGAAUUUCUGAGAAACAACGAGGAUCUUAGAAAUGGUCUUACAGAAGAUAUGCAGAAGCUAGACAGCCUCCACCAACAGCCUCAAAAACUGGAUUCGAAGGAACCUAGGGCACAGACACCUGAAGGGAAGGCCUGAAGUGAGUUUAAGCAUAUGAUGGUUGACCUUCAACAAAAAUCAGGCAUGUUCUGUGAAAGUCAGCCGGGUUUCCAUCUCAGCCGUCCUUUUCUGUGCAAAAGGGAAAACUUACCCAAGUACUCCACUCAAACAAAAAGGAAUUUGUGUCAUCUUUUCCUGGACUUUCCUUUAACUCUUUGGGAGUUUUUUUUUUUUUUUUUUUUUUACAUUCCUAAUCUUGGUGUUAUGUGAUCUGUACCAGCCAAAAAAUAUUAGAUACUCUUGUGCCAAACUUGCUGUCAUCUGGGCUUUUUUGUUUGUUUUUUGGGUUUUGUUUUUGGUUUGGUUUUGCUGUUUAAAAGGUGAGAUUCUUUUCUGGUCCUAAAACUCUAACUGCUUAAACACUAAAGGCUGUGUUCGGCCAGGCCUGUGUGAAGGGCCACGCAGAGUUCUCUGCCCACUGGCAUGCAAGUCCUAUGCCCACACCCUUGCCUGAAAGUCUCAUUCAUGAGGAUGCCCAAGGGUGGGCUGUGAUGUACAUGUUGAGAUAUAAAUCCUUUUCGCCAGCAGGCAAGGAAAAAAAUGUGCCCGAAAGGCCAUUUUCUAGCCAUUUCCAGUUAGUACAGAACUGUUACUACCUGUUUCUGGUAGCUUGAGGCAGUAGGACAAAGAGGUGGGCUGGAGAACACAGUAACUUGACUGACCAAAGCAGGGGGAGGGCCCAGGCCAGUAUCACAAGCAGGGAUGUCCGGGAAAGUUUUGAGGUUGCUGGCUUGUUUAUGGCACUCUUAAGAAAAGUCAGCCUUGGUGGCAGUCACAGCUCUUCCGGUUCAGUUAUAACCUGAGUGCCGAGCACAAGGCCUGGCCCUUGCGUGCUCAAUGAAUAUUCAUUAACUGAAGGGUCAACUGAUAGCUUAGAGGUAUUCAUAGACGCAGAUGUUAGUUACACUGUUAACUAAGCCUUGUCCUUUGUUAUGAGAUUGAGGAAUGAAACUUUAAUAUUCUUAUGGAAGUUCAAAGACAUCAUUUUCUUUCAGCAAAUUCACAAAUUCAUUCAUACUUCCUUAUUCCUUUUACCCAAAAAGUCAUACACUUUUGACUUUGUCCUGUUUGUUUCCCAAACUGCAAAACCCCUGUCCCAUUGUAUGCAGUGAUCUGUGGGAUCAGCUCUACCCUCACCUUCCCCCAACUCUGCUCAUUUCCAAAGCCAGCAGUACUGAACUGGGCCUUGUCGCCCCUGGACCUUGAGGGACAGAAUUGCCACAUUCCCCACUGCCUGGAGGAAGUGCUUCCGUUUCGAGCCCAGGUGAAGCCCUGCUCCUUUGCUUACUCAGCUGCCCAACAAGGAUGUGAUUUUUAGAGAAUGGGGGUGGGGGGAUGCAUUUUUACCGUGAAAUGCAUUUAAUGUAGUUCUGUAAAACCUGGAUGAAUGCACAUAUGCCUGUGACUUCCUGCUUUCAUCUUUCCUGCUACUAUUUGGUCUUUAAUCUUACAUUUUCUUUCUCCCUUCAUUUCAUGGAGUUCCUUUAGAAGACUUCAAUAGUAAAGUAACAAUUUUCUUUCAUCUUGCAGCUUCCCACAAACUAAGAUACUCCAUGAAAUAUUUCCUAGUUUCUACAUGUAAGAUAACAAAACUUGGGAUCACAUUAAAUCUUGAUUCACUAACCAAUUUAAGAUCUGAUUUCUCACCUUAGGAACUUAGGAUUAUGAACACUUUCAUUUCAUACCUCUUGUAUCUAUUUAGCUUUUCCUUAUCUACCCAAGAAACGUUUUAUCAAGUAUCAACCACAUGCCAGGCACUGAAGUUGAUGCAAAUGGAGGAUAUGUAAGGUAUGGACAAUGAUAUGUGAGCUGUCAUCUUACUGGAUUUAUUGUCUGCUCUGAUGAAUUAAAGAUACUGUUCAGGGAAUUCCCUGGCGGUCCAGUGA